AUGGCCUCUCCAGGCGCGACCGCCGUCCCGGCACCUACGUUCCUUGAUAAUUCAAGCAUCUGGUAUAAUUUGACUUCUUGGACGGCCCAGCACCUCAGGUAUUCCGUCAAUAACGUAACAAGAUUCGCACCGUCGCUUGAGGACCUGAUUCUUGCUGGGCCUAGGAUGUUGACCAAGCUUGGCAUCAUAUCCUUUCCCGAUGCUGUUGAUGGCUUUGGGCAACGAGUCAUAGCCGACCCAACGACAUCCGACUUUUUUCUCUCGACGACUACCGCCGCCCAUAUGCUUACCCAAGCCUCCGAAGCUGCCGCUAAUGUAGCAGAAGUAUUAGAAAACGAAGAUCAGGACCCCGCUGUAUUGGUCUCCAAGUUCUCCGCCGAUGGAACGAAGGGUUUAGGUAGCGUCUUUAGCUAUGCUACGAGCAAAUGGGCGCUCUGCUGUAUUGCCAUGGCUAUCAUAUUGAACCGUACACACAUAUUUGCAGCUUCGCGAAGAAGGUUGUAUCUGACAUGGCCCGUACGACUCUUUCUCCGCUUUCUACCUAUCAUUCUCUUCGCAUACCAAGCCCGGCAACUCCUACAGUCCAUCCAGUGUCAAACUUCACCCGAUUUCGCCGAGAUGCGCUGGGGUAACGCUAGCAAGACAUCAGAUCUCAUGUUCGCACAACCUUCCACAUAUUUACAUGGGCUCAGUACAGUCUUCCUUCUGGGCGCCACCGAUUAUGACAGCUGCCGCGCUGUUGAAAUGGUCCCUCCAAGCAAUCACGAUUAUUCGAACGAGCUACAUGGCUCCCUGUCUCUACUGUGGCCCCUUUUCGGGACUCUGUGCCUAAGUCAUUUCUUAGAGACGAUUUCAUGCGCAGUGCAAGGGCGUCAAGUGGCUGUCGAGACUGGGAUGACCCUUUUCGAGCAUUCACUGGCGUUUGCCGAGGCCGACGCCGCUAUCAGCAACCAACUCGGUUGGGGUUUAUUUUCAAGUGGUAGUAGUUCCAAUGUGACAUUCCAACAGGCUUCAGGGGCCAGCAUCGCCGUCUCCAGAUCCAUGAUAAUGAAGAGGGUCAACACGCCCCCUGAAGUCCUUCUGGUGGCUUUCCUCUCUGCCAUGAGCCAUAUUACUAGCCACGUCCUAGGUGUCUUUAAUUUACAGAGCCGGUACCGAUUAGUUAGUACGGGGUUUUGGGCUAUCUGCUUUAUGGGAAGCAUCGUGAUAGAAGCUUUAGAUUUCUCUGUCGACAGUCCAUCAACAAUGGGUAUUUUUAGGUUUCCUACAGUCUGUAUCAUAGGUUUUAUCCCCCAUCUUCUGGUAUUUACGGGUACGCUUGCGUGCCUUGCUAUAUAUGCUAUUGCUUUGGUCCUUUCGGCGAUGCAACCCCCGGAUCGGUGGAACGUCAAUGGACGGGUCUUAUCGUUUCGAGAACGAUUAGCACAGGCGCAUGAGAAUAUGCAAGCGAAUAUUUCGCUCUCCGAUAUUCGGAUUUCACGAGAAAUGGACUUCUAUACGGCGCUGCUUCGAACAGGUUUUAGUGUCAUCACGAUGGCGAGUGAAGCUGUCUAUCUUAACGAAGACCGGGGCAUCAACUUGAAAAACCGUACAUGGCUUGAAGAAGAAAGGCUGAGAGAGCUCGAGUCUAUACGCAUGCAAUGGGCCGGAUCAGGUCUGAGUGCUUCCCGAUAUGAUUCUGUCGGAGCUAUCGGAUUGGUACCAAUCAAGGACGGACAGCUCGGAGCGUCGAGUGGAUAUGCACGAGAACGAGCAGCUCAGACAAUUCCCAAAACGCGCAUCGGAGAAAAACGUGCUAGGGACGGGGUUGGUGCUACUGAGCGUAGUUCACGUUGGCUUCUAGCCUUGGAGUUCAUCAUGAACAUCAAUAGGCUUCUGCUGCGAUGGGGCGCGGUGCUUCUUUUGAAAGCCCUAACGCGUCUUGGGAUUACAACCCGACCUCGCAUCUUAGUCUGGCUUUCUCGCUGGCCGAAACAGGAUAAUAAAGACGAGAGAAAACCCCCGGCAGAAGCGCACUCACUGCUGCUGGGCCGAAAUAGGAGGAGCAAUAGGCUCUAUAAUGACGAGACUGCCGACGUGGAGGCCGAAGUACGAAGACGUCUUAGGAUGGCCCCUGAGACAGCUAACAUGCCGGAUGAGGAACUAGACACAAGAUUAUACAAUUCAUGGAAACAUGGUGAUCUAUGGGGAUCCGUGGAUACGAGCGGCGACUGGGAGCCGGAUGAAAACGACGGUGAUUGGGAUACGACGAGCAUGAUGCAUAGUGUCGCUGGCGAUGAAGAUGAGCAGGGUCAGUGGGUUGAUGAGGAUAAAUUCGAGGAAAACGACGGGCAGAGGACGCCCACACAAGCAUCUCAGCACUUUUCGCUCUCUCGGGAGACAACUCCUUUUGACCAGCCCUUAGCCAUGGGCGAUCUUGCCAGGCUGCUUCAUCCCAGAAGCCCAGAGGAGCGUCGCGAAGCCCAUGCCCUUGCCGCCCACCUAAGUAGUGAUCAGAUUAUCACGCGCUCUAAGUACGCGCGCAUGCAGCAAAACCAGCGCGGGCGCCUCUUCUUCCCACAGCGGCCUAGCAAAGGCAAGCUCUCGGACGAGGAGGAAGCCGAGCUCCUCGAGGACCUAAUCGUUACGAGGCGGACCGAAGCCGCCCGUGAAAGUGAGCUUCAAGAUGGCAACAACAGUGAUGACGGUAGGGGCGGGCCUCAGUGCGUUGUAUGCCACUCAUCCCCUCGCAAGAUUAUUGUGUGGCCAUGUCGCUGUCUCAGCCUCUGUGACGAGUGCCGUGUCACAUUAGCAAUGAACAACUUCGACAAGUGUGUCUGCUGCCGCAGGGAAGUCGUCAGCUUUAGCCGCAUAUACGUACCCUGA